GCAUGCGCAGAGCGCGCGGGGCCGGGGCGGCGCUGAGGCAGGGCCCCGGGGCCGCCAUGACCAACGUGUACUCGCUGGACGGGCUGCUGGUGUUCGGGCUGCUCCUGGUGUGCACCUGCGCCUACCUGCGGAAGGUGCCGCGGCUCCGCGCCUGGCUGCACGGCGAGAGGAGGGGGCUCGGCGGCGUCUGCUACAAGGCUGCCGUGAUCGGCACCCGGCUGCACGCGGCCGUGUCGGUGUCCUGCGUCCUGAUGGCGUUCUACGUCCUGGCCCUCAAGUGAAGCCCCCCGCGCCCCCCCGGACCCCCUCCCGGUCCUGUCCCGGUGCCGCCGUUCCGCCGUCAGCGGCCGGGGGGCUCGGCCCCCUCCCCGGCAGGACGCAGCCCCCGGUGCCGCCGGCCCCUCCCCACGGCCGGGGGGGUCCCGCGGGGCCGGGGGGGGCGCGGGGGGCUCCCGGUGCGGCGGGGCCCGGGCCAAUAAAGCACCGAGCUGCC